AUGUUGAGUUCUACCAGUCAAGAGGAAAACAGACAAGUUCAGUGCUCCCCUAUUCAAGAUUUGUGUGCACAGGAAUAUUUCGAAAAGGAUGAAAAGCUGAAACAACUCUAUUAUAAGUUGGAAAGAUUCAAAGAAACAUCAAACUAUUUGAAAGUGGAAAACGAGGGAUUGAAACGAAAACAAGUGGACAUCCGCCAGAAAGUUGUCGUUUGUAAUGAGAAAGCCAACUCAUUAAGAGACGAAUUGAAAAGUGCAAAACUAAAAAUUCAAGACCUGGAGAAGGAGUCAGAAGAUCAGUUUAACUUGUCUUUAGACAUCGAAACACUGAAGAGAAGGUCAGAAAAAGCGGAGAAUAAAGUCAUCAGAGAGCUUCAAGAAAAGUGUGAAAGACUGAAGGAACAACUCAAGUAUCGGAACGUUUCAUACAAAAUCCUCCAAGAUCAAAUGAAUAAAAUGGAAGUCAGGAGCAGAGAAACAUCAAAAACAGAUGAAGAGAAAAUACUCAACAUUGUCCCAAUUCUCUUCGAAGACUUCUACUUUACAAUGAUCCGAAACUUUGCUGAUAUUGUAAAACAAAAUGAAAGCAACAAUCAGGCGGAUAAAGAAAACGCCUUGCCAAUGGUCGGAGCAAAAGGAGAAGAAGAACAGUUGACAGUCAGUUCUCUUGAACCAAUAUCAAUGUCUUCCGAGGAAUCUUAUGUCAUAGAUAUCAGCAAUGAACAAAAACUGGAAAGUGUUCGCGCGGAGGUUUUUUGCGUUCAAAAACUUCGGGAUCAAAUAAAAGAGUUGACUGCGAAGGAGAAAAAAAUUACGAAGAUGUUCGUCGAAUACAAAGACAAAUCAAAUGCACUGAAAUAUCAAUUGAAGAUUUCCGAGCAAGGCAAGAAAGAGUUGGAAGAGUACGUUGUUAACUUCAACAAUUAUCUGGAUGAUGUUUAUAAGAAGCUCGCUGAUUGGGAACAAAAGUUGGAGAAGGCAGAGAAACAAAGAGAGUAUUCCUGGGUUGCCUAUCGUGUCUUGCAGGGACAGAUGGACUACGAAGAAAACGUCUCGAAAAAACAAAAAGAGUACAUCAAACAACUGGAAAUCUUGGUUAAAGUUAAACUGGAAGAAUGGAAGGACGUGGUCGAUGAAGGUGAGCAGCAGGAUUCAGGAAUGGAAGAGGAUGACGAAAAAAAUUCUCCCAUCAAAAUGGAGUUAAACGAUAAUAUAUUCAAUUAUGCCAAACAGAACUUCGAAGAUUUUGACAAUUUUAAAUCGACUGCUAAUUUGGAACUGGAGAAAAAGAAUUUUGAGUUAGAAGCGGCUAGGAAGAGGAUCAAGGAGCUUGAGAGCCAGAGAAUUAUCCCAGCUCACUAUUAUUUCAUUUUAUUUUUGAUCGGUCUGUAUGUUCUGAGUACUCUGUUCUAA